UCAGUGAAAUGCACGGUCUGCCGUGAAAAUGCUGGUCGACGACUGCGGCAGCGGGAUGGGGUGGACAUCGGCCAGCGUCCGCGGGGGUUGGUCCACCCCAGGCGGUUGCAGAAAUUCCUCGAUGAGCUUCGGGGGUAGCGUGCCCUCGCUGCACGCUGCCGGUUCGAUAAGAUCCCUGCGAUCCCAGCACUCUAUGCAGAGGACGUCGGCGCAGAUUCAACGCGAAUACGCCGGUUACAUUCACCGAUGCAUUGCAGGACUUUCUUUUUCUCAGGCCGUGCCGGAGACACCGCGGAGAUGCAUGCACUGCCACCCGGUACACGUGCCGAGCACCCCGAACAAUUACAUGCACCAUCCCCCGAUGCAGUAUUACACGCCGAACCACUGCCCCGAGCCCAGGACCGGCGUCUAUACUCCUCAUCGAGGAAGUUCUUAUCACGGCGACACUCGGAUGCGUUACAUGGAUCCCGAGGGCAGCAUAAUUGGUAACAACAAUUGGGUGCUCGGAGACUUAAGGAGCCUUCAUCGCUGCGUGCCAGCCACCAUUCGUCGGCCAGGCAUAGACGUCGCCGGCAUGCGGACGCAUUUCUAUCCAGAGGGAGGCUGGGGUUGGCUGGUCUGCGCAGCCGGCUUCCUCGCCCUGUUGCUCACUACUGGAAUGCAGCUCGCUUUCGGGCUUCUUCACGUUCAUGCCGCUCGACACUUCGGCGAGGAACACCAUAUGGAUUUGGCGUGGGUGGGAGCGUUGAGUGCUGCGGUCUCCCGUGGUUCGGCUCCAUUGGUCGUCGGCGCGUGUCGUCGAGGAAGUACAAGGCUUACGGCAGUGAUUGGCGGUCUCGUGCUGGCAUUGGCGUCCCUCUUCACCUCGUUCGCCGUCGAGGUGCACCAGGUACUCCUUAGCUACGGGCUCGUGCUGGGAACCGGUGCUGGCCUCGUGAGAGAAACUGCCGGUCUGGUGCUGGGCCAUUACUUCAGAAAACGACGAGAGUUCGUCGAGAUGGUAGUGCAAGCUGGCGCGGGAGUGGGAAUAGUACUCUUCAGCGUCUUCUACAGGGAGGCUGUCGGAAAGCUGGGCUGGGAACGUGGUAUGCAGUCCGUAACCGGAGCUCUCUCGCUGGCCUUCUUCCUGGGCUUGAUUUACAGGAGUGCUUCGCUCUAUCAUCCCCAACGACGGGCCAUAUUACACCUAAAGAAUCAACGGGGUAAACUGAAAGAGAAGAAGACCGCGACUAGAGUGCCCAGGCAGCCGUGGGUGGAUCUCAGUCCGCUGGGAAGUCGUCCUGUCAGAAUGUUAAUGCUCGCCGCUGGAGCCGCUGGUUUCGGCCUUUACACUCCUGCAUUUUACAUCGCUGUCCAGGGACACAAAGAUGGCUUGGAGGCGAGCGCCGUGGUGCUCCUACAGACUUGCUUGGGCUUGGCUGCGGCGCUAGGCUGUGCGGCUUGGGGGGUUGUUACCGCCAGACCAUCUGCUCAGUGUCUGGUGUCCAGGCAAUAUCUCUGCCAGGCGGCACUUCUAGGAGUUGCCAUAGCACAGGUGGCAUUGGGCAGUGUACAGGGUUAUCACGGACUGGUCCUGGCGUCUGGUCUCUACGGUGCUUCUCUCGGCGGUGCCCUUUAUUCUUUGAAAAUGCUGGCCCUCGAAAGACUGAGGGCGAGACAUUUCGCACGGUCCUGGGCUCUCGUUCAAGCCGCGGAAGCUCUACCUAUUCUUCUCGGAGUUCCUCUUACCGGUUACAUGAACGCGAACAGCCCAAGGGUGGGUUACUACGCGUGCACGUUAAGUUCCUUGUGCGGUGCAGCGUUACUCUUCCUGGUCGGCUGGGGACGACAGCCCGCGUCCCCGGUUCUCGCAGGUUCUCACCUCGCAACGGGGGUUGUUCCGCCGCCGUGCGCCUGUCCACCACCGCCCAGACCCCGGCUACCCAAGUCUCAAUCGCUUCACGUGCCCCUGGACAUCGAGGAGAACCUGCGAGACAGAGAGAUGGAGAGGAUGCAGCACACCACCGAACACUACUAUCAACCGCAAUUCUACGGGCCCCUGAGACCCAGCAAGAGCGUCCCCGAGGGCCUUAGCCAUCAGGAUUCGUACAGGAGUCGACCGCGACGUCAUCGCGACGUCACGGUUAUCGAACAAAUCACCACUAGCGUCUAAGACUCCGCGAGUGAACCUAUAACAAUGAUUUCGACUUGAAAGUUUAAAAUACUGGUUGACGAUCGAGACUGUGAUCGGAGACGUCGAGGUCUCUCGAAAGUUGUCGACGUUGUCUUUAGGCAAUCGGAUCGAGUAUCGUCGAGAUAGAGGGUUUCGCUGAUUAUGCAACGGAGAGUAUUCGCGCUACAACCAUCGAAACACGAAGAAGAGAAAAGAAGAUUCGUAGCGACAUGCCUCGAAUAUUCGAUUCCGAGACAUCGAGAGACUUUAUCGAUACGAGGAGCUUCGCGACUGUACAUGAUUCAGGACUGCUGUAUAAAGAGGCGCGAAGUAUGUACCUAUAGAUUGUGCUUUCUAUGAGAUACGAGAAAUAAAAGAAUAGGAACGUUCCGAUCAAAAUUCAUAUAUGAAUCUCUUAGGGGUAAUGUUUGGAGUAGAAGAGAGCUCGAAUCAAAAAGAAACACUGAUCGAAAACGUGAAACUAUUUUUUUUUUUUUUUUUUUUUUGGUUUAUUUAUUAUUAGAUUAUUAAUGUGCACACGGCCUGAAGAAAUCAAUCGUUUAUUCUUCUUUUUACUCGGGCCUCUGUGGUUUUAGUGCUACAAUUACUGCGUGCCCUGUCGAGAGCAGCAAAGCAAGCUCGUCGGUUCGGUCGAUCGAGGCGAUCUUUUGUGAGCGCCGAUAUCCGUGAACAAUGCCGAAGCUGUUAUCGCGACACGGUAUUUGGACCACAGGGGCCGACAUCAAAAUCUCGCAUCAUCGGAAAUUCGAUUCAACUCGAUGGCGCGCGGCUGGACUGAUUGGCAAAUGACGGGGCAGGGAUGCGUGUCAACGCCAUCGAGCCUCGUAUAAGGUUACCGCCGAUUAAACUACGGCGAUUGCGUUCGUCGGUAAAUUUCGAAUUCACGUGUUCAUCGGGUGUUUGUUUACGGCAUACCGUACUUCGCGAUUCGACGCAAAUCGAAACUUGAUCGCCAGCGGCGAUACUUUGAGGAUACGGGACGUCGCGUUCGCCGGAAAAUUGGUUUGGAUUUUUUCGAUUCGAUCUCGUAGUAAACACGCGGGAACAAUUUGGUCGAAUCAUGCCGAGAGUUGCAUUCCAGUCCAGCUAAGCUUCUUUAGACCGGAGUGCACACUGAGUGCGCAGAUUUCCCUAAAUCGUUCAGGUAAGUUUUAUUACAGUAAAAUAUCAUUCGCGCGUAGGUCAGUGUUCGAAGGUAACGAUCGCAGAAAUUGAUCCAAACGAACUUGUUACUGAACCAAAUUAUUACGCACAAGAAACAUACCGCUCGCGGUACGAACGGUGUUGGUUGAAAAAGACGAUGUCUCGCGAGAUGUUUGGAUCCAAACGUUUUUUAAAGGGAUGAUAUUAUUAGCUUAAAAAUGCACCUCCGAUACCGUUGUUAAUCAAAAUGACUUUUACAAUCAAACGCGAAUGGAAGGGAACUGUGAGAAAAUUAGGAAAAUGAAUCUUAGAUUGUUGAAGCACCGUGAAGAGGUUUUAUGCUAAAUACACGAUGGUAUUUAUGUGUAUGUAAAUGGAAUUUAUGUAGUCUAUCCGAUCUACGAUUAAAGUAUCAAAGUAAGUUAGGGAAAUACUUAUUCGUGUUAAUGGUUUCUUAGUUACGAUAUUACUGCGAGGGAAGUAUCUGUCUCUCCGUGAUGUACCAUGAAUUAUCAGUUUCGAUAUAUGUCUAGGUAUUUUCGCUAAUUUUUGAAAUUAACUCUUCGUAACGUUUUUCGAAUAUCGAUCUCGCGAAAUUGUUAAGAAUAACUUGCUCCUGCUGUUCUCGCAUCGCACGAAAUUCCAGACUUUCGAAUAUUUUACCGCUUCCAAUACUUGAAAGAGUUGAUCGUCGACGCUCUAGGUAAAUUUUGAAAAAUUUCCAUCUUUUAAAAUUUCACUGAUAUCCGAAGCGAAAGCGUACCAAUGAUCCAGUAACUCUCGUCGAAUCGUUUUGCGUUUUUGAACUUUAAGCGAUUGAAAAUUAAUAUUUAGAAAUACCUUCUCGCGUGAAUAUCGUGCGUGCCAAUUGUUACGAGUGGAUCGAUAUUUCCCUCCCGUGUGUGUUCACAAAGUAACACUUAGAUAUUAAAGAAAAAAAAAAAAAAAACAAAAAGAAAGAAAGAGAGAAUGAGAAAUCGGCGGUAUGGGCAAAGUUAAGUUUCUAGAGAGAAAAAUAUAUUAGAAAAUGGAGCUGGUCUCCAAGAUCGCCACAUGAAUCGCUAGAGACUUCGUUUAUGUUUAAGAUACAGUACGUAGAAACCUCGAAAGUAAGUACAAUUUAGGAACAAUUAUUACAUAUUGUAUUCAACAGAAACAAACAAAUCAAAUACCCAUUUGUGACGAAGCAAGUGAUUACGAUGUUCUCGUCUCGUCGACAAAUGUUUCUACACGUAACUCGUCGCGUAUGUAUCUGGAAGCUCAAUCGUCGCGGUCGUCUCUGUUAGGGGGACAGUUACUAUUUCCUUUCUAAUGUCUGUAACGGGAAACAAACUCGAGAAAGUUUCGACGAAAAAUUGUACACCCCUCGACAUGUAUUCUAUCCGUAGCUCGUUAAGGACUCGCCCCGAUUCUGAUAGAAAUUGCAACCGAUCGAACGUUAGAGCAUUCUAUUUCCACCAGCGCGUAAAGGAAUGAUCCACAAACUUUUCUACGCCAAUUCAGUCGUCAAACGGUAAAGUGAUUAGUACCUGAAUAUUAGGCGUUCUAAGUUUACACGACUGACGAGCGAUGAUCGUUUGAUUAUAAAAAAAAAAUAAAAAAGAGAGAGAAAUCGUUUUCACAUAAUAGACUUUAUCGUACGUUACGGUUGCCUGAGCCUCUGAAGCGUUUUUCGAAAGAGCAUCGCACUUAACGAAACAUAUGAAAGGAACCAGAAAUACCGCGAAAAUGUUUACCGAGUUUAAGGAAUUGUACGAAUAAUUGUUUAUAUUCUAUACUGUUUAGCCUUCUGAAUCGAGUACUCCUUCAUCAAUUGUCUUCGUUUAUCAAACAAUUUAGACAUCAAAAUCUCGCCUAUUUAAGCAAACGACGCGGAAUGUUGCAUACCGCUGAUGAAUAUAUUUAUUUGAACAAUCGUCGAGGUGUUUACGACUUUCUUCAUUCUUCUCCGUGGUGAAUUGUUCGUAUACUGCCAGUUUUUUUUUAUAGAACACUACCAACAUAAACAUCCUCGACACACACACACACACACACACAAACAGCAUACUUAUAUCUCUCGUUCAACGAUGUUAUUAAAGAUCAGAUAUUUAAAUGUAACUCCGAGUGUGCAACAAGUAAUACGCGAACCAACAAAUUCACUCGUUAUAGAAUUAACUUGUACUCGUAGAAUAACACCAAGAUCGAAUCUCUUUUUUACCCUCGUAGCUUUCUACCUACCACAGACCAGAGAUCUAGUCUGCGAUCUAUACCAAGCAAAAAAUUCAGAAUUCCUACGAUUAGACAGCGACGGGCAAAAUUGUAUCACCCCAGUAUUAUGAUUUUCUUUCGCUUCCCAAAUCUUUGUAUCAACUUGGGAACGUCUUGGAAAAUGUAAACAUUGUAAACCGUAUCUCCGACUUUUAUUCGUGUUCCGUUUCGAUAACUGUGAACGUAACUAAAUGUACGCUUAUAAAACGAGGUGUAAAGUAAAGCUAUAACAGACAGAGAUGAAACGACCGUUGGAAAAGUUGGAGCGGGAGCGUCGUUAAGCCCGUAAGGCGUUAAGAAAAGUUUUUCGCGCGGGAGAACAGACUGUUGAUUUCGAACUGCUAUGUAGACUUGUAUUAAACUUUUGUAGCAGAAAAAGAGGCUGAGCUUUACAGAAAGCAUUUGCACAAUCACGAUAGACUUCGAAAAGGAAAGUCACUUUCAACAUCGACUCUCCUCCCCCCCGAAACUGUUAUAUAAUAUAUAAAUAUAUAUGUAAUUUCGAGGAAUCUCGUACCAGCUUCUUGCAAACCAACAUUUACAAACAAACGUAACUUCUUCACCUUGUAAAUAAAUGCAAGGUCUCCCAAUUACGAAACGUUGAACAUUUUGUAAAGUUUUAUAAAUAGUUCUAUGUAGUUGAACAGCUGGACCAAUAAAACGUAUAUCCGAUU